UAACCAAGGUUGCACAAUCGCGAACAGCGAGCACCGAGCGACGCUUUGACAGCGAACAUGGACUGUCUCACGCGAAAACGUAAAUAAAUGGCCACCGUUGUUAUUAGACUCCUUAUAACCACAAGAUUUCAUGUUUCUAAAAUGGACGCCGAUAACGAGGUUCGGCAGAGGGACCUAAUAUCUCGGCGGGAGAAACGGUGGAGUAUGAAUUCCCAGAGGCUAGAGCAGAUCGUGGCGGAGCUGAUGCGCCCCAUUGGCGACCUCCGCCGCAGCUUCGACACGGACCUAUGCGCGUUGUUGGAAGAAUACCUGACCGAGGCAGGUCUUCACGCGCUCGAAGCGGAGAUCCCCGGCUCACAAGUGGUGGCGCCCAACUUUGCGGAGCUGGCGCUGCUGCUGCAACAGAGCGCCAACAUUUACGGACGGAAGGUGGACCUGUUGUACCAACAUGUGCUGGAGUGCAGCGAGUCAUUACACACAAACACUGAAAAUAACGACACAUCGCACGCCGAGGCCGACCCCGAAGCCGAAGCGGAGUCCCCCUCAGCCGCGACCACGAACCGCCGCAAGCGGCGCGCCUCGGUCGCCGGCUGGGCUCGCAUCAACCUCGAGGCCUGCGAGCAAGCCCGGCGCGAGGCCGACUUAAAGGCCCCGCCGACGUUACCAAGGAUGUAUAUUGAGUUGGAACCGAGAGUUUUGGCGCCUUGCGAUGUUCCUCUGUUGGACUACGCUGGAGAGCCUGUUGGCUUGCUACAGGAUUUUAAUGUCACUUGGAGAUUACAUGGUGGUCUACUAGUGGACGAGCUGGAAUGCGGGGAAGAGGACACGGCCUCGCUAGCCCUUCGAGCUAUUCCUCUGUCGGAGCUGCAGGCCGCCAUCGCCGCCGCCGCGCCCCCCUCGCCGCCCCCGCCGCCCGCCUCGCCCGAGCCCGACCACCACCCGCCCUGCUCCACCCCCAUACCCACAGAAGAGCCUGCGGCGCCUACGGAACCCCCAGCGGAGGCAGCAGAGACAAAGACAGAACCGGCAACACCCGCAAAGCAACGCAAACGCAAGCAAGAAGAGCCGACGGUCUUGCAGACCGGUGCUGGCAAGCUCUUCCUCACACCAGAACUGCGAGUAUUCCUGACAGAGCAGCGCGAAUUCUCGCUGCCAGGCCAGAUGGUGUCCCGCGUGAUGGCUAUGCGCGCGGCGCGUAUACUCGCUGUGCGAGCGCAACUUAAGGAGCAGCCAGACAUUACCGAAUUCCGUGGAUUCGACGAAGUGGACAAGUCCGACUUGAUGGACAUUGGAGGUUUCCUCGGGUUCACGGCGACGACGGAGUCGGAGGCGACGGACAUCUCCCUGUGCCUGUCGCGGCUGGCGUCGGCGGCCGAGUCGGACGACGACGGGUUCUUCGAGCAGAGCACCUUCUCCGGCUCCGAGGGCGCGCGGCCCGAGCUCACGCCGCCGCCGCCCACGCCGCCGCUGCCCGCGCCGCCGCCGCCGGUGGACUACUCCGCGCAACCCGAGUGGAUGUCGUGGCGCGCCGACGUGGUGGCGCGCGCGGCGGCGGGCGAGGCGCGCGGGCUCGACGUGCGCGCGCUCGGCGCCGCCGUGCUGCGCGCCUUACCCGAGGGGGGGGAGAGAGGGAAGGGCCCGCCGGCGGCCUUUACUACCGUAUUAGAUGCCGCGGCGAAGGAUGAUGCCGAUGUCUCGAGGCUUUUCUUGGCUACUCUGUUCUUGGCAAACGCCGGCAACGUGGAAGUCGUGCAACCACCGCCAUUAACACUAAACUCGUUCUCACUACGGCUGGUUUCACGGGACGAGCGUCUAUACAGCGCCGCCGCCGACUCCGAUCCCGCCUUCCUCACGCGGUAGACGCCGACGCCGACAAAAAUAUCGGACACGCCGACUUAGAUACCAGUGACUUAGUGAGGGGAAAACGUUGCUGUAUGUUAGAACGAGAAAUAUACGGAGUAUAUGUUUUGCUAUCCCGUUCUAACAUAUAGCUUGAAUCAAUUAAAUGGACAGAAUGUGAGAAUACAGAGGUAUUAUAGUAUCAAGAAAAAAUAGGUAAGAAAGUUACCUAAUGAUUCAUGGGACGUUUUUUCAAACGAUAUUAAACCUUUACUUUGUGGUAAUUGUAAAUACAUUUGUGAAGUGAAGUGACGGUGCUCAGACCAAAGUGAGCUCACAGUAUUAAAACGGCAUGGACAAUAAUUAUGUGGCCGUUCAUAUCAACGCCGGGGCUCCCUAUUGGACGAGGCAAUUAUUUUGUGUGCGUUUUGUUUAUUUUAAUCUCGCUUACCUCGUUUUUGUAUUUUUAUUUAGAAUUGUGGUUCGUUUAUUAAUGAUUAUCGAUUUGUAAAUAUAUUUUAGGAUAUAUUGUAUAUACAGAGUAUAUUUGUACAUAUAGAGUUCUAUGAGAAGAUGAUAUUUUCGAAGUACAAUAGUUGUAAUACGGAACGGGGUUCCGAUACGGCCCGGCGCCGCGCGGCGGCUCUCUUGUCGAUCUCUAAAUACUGUAUCUGAAUUGAAAUUUGGAAAUCGCGCACUCGAAUUUGUCACUAAACAGAACAUAAUAAUCUUUUGAGCGAAAUACUAAUGAUAUUUUUGACAGUGUACUGAAUUAAAGGUUAUACCCCAGGUUGAGAGCACGGGAGUUUUUUGUUGUGCAUUUGACGAGCGUAUGCUGUCUUAUUAUUCGAUUAUUUUUGUUUAAACAAUAGCUUUAUUAAGAGCAUUCUUACUUAGCUAUGAUGUAAUAAUAUUUAUGUGUAUAAAGAUCUCGCUCUUCGCUCUUGUCGGGUUAUUUUAAAAUGUAUAGUAAGUAAAUAUUCUUUAUUGUGAACCAUAAAGUUAAAAAAUACAUAGAAAGCGAAAUACAAGCAUAAGACUAGGUAACAAAAUAUACUUUUCAAUAAAGUGUCUUUUAUUGUAAUAGUCGGCGUUUUGAACAAAAUUUAUUAUCGCUUAUAAGUCGUCGGCGUAAAACUUUGAUUGAACAAAAGAUUGAUUAUAAAAGAGGCUAAAGACAGAUUCCUGAUUAGUAACCGAUGUCGAGUGCGCUUCAAAAACCGUCCUAUGUAUAUAGAGUCUAUGGUAAUAUAUAAAGACAAACAUGUCACACAGUAAAUGUUAAGUGUAAGAAUAAGUGGUAGUUUAUAGUGAGACCGCCGCGCCGCCUCCAAAUUCUGUGCCUUACUCCACCCAUGGUCGCCCCAUGGGCCCUGCAUAUUGGUAUUUGAAAAGCAUCUGGUAAUGUAGUGUAGGGGUACCACCAAAUGUUCUUUUCACAUCACCUAUUCGGAAAACGGCUUUUUCGUCCCUGCUAGGAGGAAUCAAAGUGGCAAUUUUCUUCCCUGCUAGGAGGGAUCAAAGUAACAGUUUUUUUGUUCUAGCACACAUUAUUUUUUUAGCUUAAAUAAUCUGUUUAAGCAUCACAUUGUGUCAACACUAAGAUUUUUUUAUUUGCCUCAUAGUUGAUGUGAAAAGCAGUAUGUGUCACACGGUAUCAAAAUUAUUUCACCUUGGGCGAUAGCAAUUUAUGUUAAGUAUAAUUUUUGUCAAUUUAAUUUUUAAAGAAUUUGCAAGUUUGUUUAAAAUGAACUGAUAGUUCCGAACAGUUCUUUAAAUUGUAAAAUUUUUGUACGUCAUUUAGAAAUGCAUAUUAUUAAAUAUUUUCACGGCCCUUUAGGCAACAAUAACAUUAGAUAUUAUUUUAAUUGAUCGUAACGUUUCGUGGUGAUAAUGUCUAAUUUUAUAUUUACCUACACCCCCCUACAUUAUUAGGUGCUUAUCUUUUAAAUAAAAAAUGCAUGCAAUGUAUUCUAUUUUACUUGACAUUGAAUUUAAAAUGAUCUUAAAAACCAAAGCCAAAUGACAUAAUAAUAUAUUUUAAUAAGAAAAAGAAGAUUCUAUUUUUAUCACAACGAUAAAGAUUUGCAUGCAUAUUUAUGUAGAUUAAAUUCUCGGUUCCAUCAUAGUAAAUCAUGUAGCAUUGUAACUUACAAGAUACAUAUUAUAAGCAAUUGUAAUAGCCUCGUAACGCCCAGAAGUUUACGUUACUAGGAAAAUUGCUGGCGACAUCUUUUAAGUAAUGUUUGAAAAUACAUUGUAAUUAAUUACAAUGGGUUUCAUAUAAUUUUAUAUUUAAAUAUCAUUAUUUUUGGAUAUCAUUUAAAGUAAAUCGAGAUGUUAAACUGCGUGUAAUAAUGUUCAAAUUGUACAUUAUGUUGCCUAAAUAUUUUUAUUUAGAAGUAUUUUACGUUUCUCGAAAAACAAGCCCAAAACGUUGAAUUUAAUGAUUUGUUUUAAAAUCAAUUAAAACAAAACUAUACCAAUCUAAUUCUAUGAACAAAAACUAUUUUGGGCGCUAUGACGCUAGUAACUAUACAAUGAUGUAACUGAGAAUUGAUUAGACAUGGGCGUUGUAAUGUAAUUUAAACCUUAAGGGCGUGUUAAUUGGGUUACUUUUAGAAUAGCGAUCGUCGGCGAGAGCCCGUUUAUGGGUGAAGGUAGCUAAUCAUGUGACUUGUGUGUGUGCGAGAAGUGUAUGUGUGUGUGGCGGGCGCUCGCGGCGCGCGGUCGGGCCGUAUACUUGUUACUUGUUAAUUAAUAUAAACGUAAGUACACUA